AGCCUUGUCAAUAGCAUAAAUAACUGAAUAAACAUUUCAUUAGAACGGGGUGGAUUAAACUGAAUAUAUAGGAUCUUUAAAUUAUACCCCUUCCCACUUAUUAUUUUCACUGGAAAAGAGAUGUUGAAAUUCUAAGUAAUCAUGACUAAAGUGUAAUAUGGUUUUAGAAAAAAAGCUCAAGGUCAAAUAAGCGUGAAACAUCUGGCGAGCAUUUUAUAGGAAGGGACAUUAAAGACAUUCAUCAUUGAUGCUGAUUUUUCCUCCCAGCACUGCUGCAAAUACACAAACCACUCCAGCUCCCUUCAGAUCUACUCCAUGCUGUGCCUCAUGAAACAGCCAAGAUUAGCAGUUCACCAUCUGUGGGAAAAAUUGAGUACAAAUACCUAAUAAGAUUGGGAUGUGUACAUUUUUCUAUACACACGAAAAGAAUGAAGUAUGGACAUUGAACCGGUGCUUGCACAAAUGUUUAAUGGCACCGUGAUUACCCAUAGGGCCAUUCAUUAAGAAUUUCGCCGGCGCUGAAGCGCCGAUGAAAUGCGCAGGCGUCAGGCUGAGGACGUCCCUGAGUUUCAGGCAUGCGCGCAGUACACAGAAGGCUUUGAAAAUGUCGGAUGCAGGUUAAAAACGAGAAGGAAUUUUUCGCCGGGGAUCUCAAACAGAAAACGCCAGUUUUGCUGUCUCUGUCUGGAUAUUUAAGAAGUGGAGCGAGGGAUUCAAUCGACUAUCCUUCCUGCUCAGACUGUGGAGAGGGAUUCAAUUGAUCAUUUGACCAAAUAGCAAGCCAGUCAUCUUAUACAGGAGAAAGGCUGUUCACCUGCUCAGACAGUGGGAAUAGAUUCACUCAGUUAUCACAAUUGAAGGUACAUCAGCAAGUUCACACUGGGCAAGGCCAUUCAUCUGUUGUGUGUGUGAGAAAGGAUUCAGUUGGACCUGUGGACACUCCAGUCAGUUCACACCACACCUGGUAGAGGCUGAUGAUCUGCUGAAUUUCUGGGAAAGGAUUCACUCAGUCAUUUGACCUAAUGGCUCACCAGCGAGUUCACACUGGGGAGAAGCCAUUCACCUGUUCAGUCUGUGGGAAGGGAUUCACUCAGUCAUCCAACCUACGGAGUCCCCAGCGAGUUCACACUGGGGAGAGGCCGUUCACCUGUUCAGAAUGUGAGAAGAGAUUCACUCAGUCAUCCAACCUACGGAGUCCCCAGCGAGUUCACACUGGAGAGAGGCGCUUCACCUGCUCAGUCUGUGGGAAGAGAUUCACUCGGUCAUCCAACCUACUGGUACAUCAGCGAGUUCACACUGGGGAGAAGCCAUUCACCUGCUCAGAAUGUGGGAAAGGAUUCAGUGAGUUAUCCAACCUACUGGUACAUCAGCGAGUUCACUCUGGGGAGAAGCCAUUCACCUGCUCAGUCUGUGCGAAGGGAUUCAGUCGGUCAUCCAGCCUACAGAGUCAUCAGCGAGUUCACACUGGGGAGAAGCCAUUCACAUGCUCAGAAUGUGGGAAAGGAUUCAGUGAGUUAUCCAACCUACUGGUACAUCAGCGAGUUCACACUGGGGAGAAGCCAUUCACCUGCUCAGAAUGUGGGAAAGGAUUCAGUGCUUUAUCCAGCCAACUGAGACAUCAGCGAGUUCACACUGGGGAGAAGCCAUUCACAUGCUCAGAAUGUGGGAAAGGAUUCAGUGAGUUAUCCAGCCUACAGAGACAUCAGCGAGUUCACACUGGGGAGAAGCCGUUCACCUGCUCAGAAUGUGGGAAAGGAUUCCGUGAGUUAUCCACCCUACAGAGACAUCAGCGACUUCACACUGGGCAGAAACUGUUCACCUGUUCAGAAUGCGGGAAGAGAUUCACUCAGUCAUCCCACCUACAGAGUCAUCUGCCAGUUCACACUGGGGAGAGGCCAUUCACCUGCUCAGACUGUGGGAAAGGAUUCACUCUGAUAUCCCGCCUACAGAGACAUCAGCGAGUUCACACGGGGGAGAAGCCGUUCAACUGCUCAGUCUGUGGGAAGGGAUUCACUCAGUCAUCCCACCUACGGAGUCACCAGCGUGUUCACACUGGGGAGAAGCCAUUCACCUGCUCAGUCUGUGGGAAGAGAUUCACUGUGUCAUCCCACCUACAGAGUCAUCAGCGAAUUCACACUGGGGUGAAGCCGUUCACCUGUUCAGAAUGUGGGAAGGGAUUCACUCAGUCAUCCAACCUACGGAGUCAUCAGCGAGUUCACACUGGAGAGAGGCCAUUCACCUGCUCAGAAUGUGGGAAGAGAUUCACUCAUUCAUCCGCCCUACAGAGUCACCAGCGAGCUCACACUGGGGAGAAGCCGUUCACCUGCUCAGAAUGUGGGAAGAGAUUCACUCAUUCAUCCGCUCUACAGAGACACCAGCGAGCUCACACUGGGGAGAAGCCGUUCACCUGCUCAGAAUGUGGGAAGGGAUUCACUCAGUCAUCCUACCUACAGAGACAUGAGAGUGCUCACACCGGUGAAAAGCCAUUCAAUUGCACAGAAUGUGGGAAACGGUUCACUCUGUCAUCCAACCUUCUGAAACACCAGCGAGUUCACACUGGGGAGAAGCCGUUCCUCUGCUCAGAAUGUGGGAAGAGAUUCACUCGCUCAUCCGACCUGCAGACUCAUCAGCGAGUUCACACUGGAGAGAAGCCAUUCCCCUGCUCAGAAUGUGGGAAGAGGUUCAGUCACUCACGCUCCCUGCAGAGACACCAGUCAGUUCACACUGGGGAGAAGCCGUUCAUCUGCUUAGUCUGUGGGAAGAGAUUCAAUAACUCAUCCAGAUUGCUGGAACAUCAGCGAGUUCACACUGGAGAGAGGCCGUUCACCUGCUCAGAAUGUGGGAAGAGAUUCACUCACUCUUCCACACUACAGAGACAUCAGCGAGUUCACACUGGAGAGGAGCCAUUUACCUGCUGAGAAUGUGGGAUAGGAUUCACUCAGUCAUUCCAACUACUGGCACACCAGUCAGUUGUUAUGAAUCCCUAGGUUUUGUUUGCUGUGGACUGUCAUUUUAAGAGAGAGAGAUUAGGAAGGUGAAUCAGUCUGACUUGCAGCUUGUUUACAUCACUCACAGCUUGUUUAGUUUUAACUGAGGACACAGACUCUCAGAGUCAGACGGAGAUGAAGGAGGAAAAAUGGAAAGAUCGAUACAAGGGAAAUAGGUGCCAAGGGUCACUGUUUGGAAUUUUCCUAUGCCCGCAAGUAUGGGUUAAUUAUCGAUUCAUCAUACAUCGAAUGUGUGGUUGUCACCUCGUUUGAUCCAUAGGAGUGGAUCUGAUUUGGGGUAUCAUGUGAAGACCACCGAUGUGUUAACCCUUGCCUGGGUGUGGUGUGGUAAUUCACUUGAAGACGAUACGCCUUGUGACAAGUCACUUUGGGUGAUAAUUAGUAUGUGGAUUUGGAAGGAUGACAGAUAAUAUCUACAGUGACUGUUCUCUUGUUUUACCACCAUGGAACCUGUGGAAUUCGACAUAAUUGCCUUCUCUCGACAUUUACCCUGGAUUACAUAUAUCUCUCUCAUCACCUAUUCUGUGGUUGAACUGAACUUUCAUACUUUACCAUCUCAAGACUCCAAGCCUUGUCCCCCCCAAGCUCAAUAGUUUUGGAUUUAUAUUUACACACAUAUAUACACAUAACACUGUUAACUUUUGUUUAUCUUGCUUAAGUUACUAUAUUAUAAGUCGAUUCUAAUAAAGAUAGUUUUAAGAUCAAAAACAGACUCCUGGUGUAGUCUCCAC